UAAGUCUUUGACUGUUUUUUUCCUUCCUUUCAGACUGGUGAGCUUAUUCGGGCAAUGGAAGGCAACAUUGUUGGUGCUUCAAACCUUCAUCUUGCUUGCAAUGGUCAACUUCUUGUUGGUUCAGCACAUACAGAUAACUUGGAUGUCAAUGAACUUUCCACAAAGAAAGGAGUGACGAAUAGGAACCUUCAGAUUUGGGAUUUCAAGACUGGAAGUCCAUUGGUUAUGGCUGAUCAGGAAUAUUGUUCUGCUCUGCAAGUUUUGUCUGAUGGUGACAAAGUUGCUCUUGGAAGAACAGACAAAUAUGGUAACAGCACCAGCAUCAUUGUAUGGGAUCUGUUGGGUAACCAACCCAUCAAGGAGAUGCGCUAUGAAGCAAGUGUAGGCAACAACGACUACAUCAGCUUCUUGUGCUUAUCACAGAACAACAGAUAUGCGGUUGCCGGUUUCAACAAUACAUUUGACAACAGCGCUGAAUUUGUGAUCUUUGACAUGACAUUAACCAGCUACAACGUCGUUGAACCAAGCAUCUUGAAAAUGGAUGCUAAUCCAGAAUGCACAGCAGUUUUACCCCAAGACGAAGCUGUUACUGGCUUGAGGAAUGGAGACCUUGUCAUUUGGAACUUGCGUAAUGGUCAGCCAAGUCGCCAGCUGCUCUCUUCCUCUGGUUUGCAUGCGCAUACAUCAGAGGUCUCAGCAAUAGCUUUGUCUGAAGAUUCUAGUGUUUUGGUGUCUGCCUCAGCUGAUGGAACUGUCAAAGUUUGGGACAUGAAGAAUGAAGUUUUGGGCAGCACCUUGAUUGGUCAUACACGAGAGGUGUCUUGUGUUGCUAUCUCAUCUGAUAACGAGAUGAUUGCAUCUGGUUCCCAAGAUGGUACAAUACGUCUCUGGCGCACACAGACAGGAUCGCAAAUCUGUGCUUUCAAUACAAACAUGGAUGUGUUCUUUGUAACAAUGAGUAAAGACAACAGCACGAUUGUGGCGUUAGGUGAUAAGUUCGGGGCUAGGAAACUAAUUAUGUUACAAGUGGUACGUUCCAAAGUACGCAAACAUGUGCUGGCCUAAAUUUCAAGUCAAAUACUGCUUUCUAUAAACAAACAAAAAUUGGGAAGGGGUGACAGCAAUAAGUUUUUAUUUAUUUAUUAUUAUUAUCAUUAUUAUUAUUAUUUCUUCUUUUUAUUGUUUGUUUUUUUUUCUUUCUUUUUAAUAUCAAGCCAGAGGUUCACAAUAGUAUGUGUGUAUGUAUAGAUAUAUGUAUAUAUAUAUACAUAUACACACACAUAAAUAAAAUAUAAUAUAAUAUAAAAUAAUUGAUCUCUAUAAAACCCUGCUGCUCUUUGGUUUUGCUGCCACUGCAACUGCUGCUGUACUAGCACUGCCUUUUACCGAUAGGUGUAUGUGUGUGUGUGUGUGUGUGUGUGUCCUCAUGCAUUGAAAUAUUAUACAUGAGUUGGUGUGAAAUGAAGCUUUGGAAUAUUCUUCAUCUUCCUUGAUAAUUUGAUUGUCAAUAAAACUGCUUGCUUUAUAUACAAUACAUACAUACAUAUAUAUAUAUAUAUAUACACAUUACGCAUACAUAUAUGUGUGUGUCUAUGUUUACUGUUCCUUUGGUGGUGGUAAUCAACAAGAAAAGUCCUCCAUCCAGCAAAAGAUAAAAAUGAUUUAAUAAAAUUAAAUUUAUACGUGAACUACUGUAAGUUUCAUGUUCGAAUAAUACUGUAAUCGGACAAGCUUGUAUAGCAUACUGUGUAGUAUCCUGUAGAUCUUGAAUGAUUGCAGGAUAGUAUACAGUAUGCUAUAUAAGUCCAUCCAAUUACUAAAUUUUUAGAGCAUGAAACUUAUAGUCGCUCACAUGUAAAUCUUGUGUUUAUACUUUCUAAAGUAGUCACAACCCAGGUAUGUUUCACAAUGCUAUGCCAGGAAUCUCUGUCUGUCGCACCUUAGCUAUGAUAGAUCCAUAAUUUCAUGUUGUGUGUCUUUACCAAUAGUAACAAUGUAGUUGAGUAGUCUUUGUCCUAUUUUAGAAUGCAGAAAUCAUCAAAAUGUAACAUAUGUUAUGGCCCACCAGCAGUGGCCAGCAAAGAUGGUUGGAAUGCGUCUAUGAAUCUCUUCGUUGAUCUUGUGCUCAUGCCAUGAGAUGUUUCGAACCCUUAAGAGAAGCCUAGUGCACAAAAUAUCAAGGAGAGCUUGAAACUCCUUCUUUGUCUAGGUUUGAACUCCAUAAAGAUGGUUGCUCUCUAUACAUGCCCAGAAGGCUAGCCUUGUUAUUUUUUAAAUACUUGGUUGCUAGAUGUUGGGAAGCUUGUUACAAGCACUGGACCCAAAUUACUAUGCUACAGGACACAUUCAUACAUAUAUAUUUGUGUAUACAUAAAUGUAUGAAUAUAUAUACAGCAUGUGUAUGCUUGUGUAUAUAUAUAUAAAGGUUAGUUGCAAUCAGCCUUCUGGUUAAUUGUGUGCAUCAGAAGACAGACAAUGAAACUUGACACAACACAAUUCUAAUAUGAAAGUGUUUUGAGUACUUUUAGGUUUUUGUACAAUAAAAUAAACAAAAGCAAUACUAUAUAGAUAUAUAUAUAUAUAUAUAGUUAGAUAUGAUCGUUGCCAGUGCCCCUGGACUGGCUCUUGUGCGGGUGGCAUGUAAAAUACACCAUUUUGAGCUUGACCGUUGCCAGUACCGCCUGACUGGCCCUUGUGCCGGUGGCACAUAAAAGCACCCACUACACUCUGAGUGGUUGGCGUUAGGAAGGGUAUCCAGCUGUAGAAACUCUGCCAAAUCAGAUUGGAGCCUGGUGUAACCAUCUGGUUCACCAGUCCUCAGUCAAAUCGUCCAACCCAUGCCAGCAUGGAAAGCGGACGUUAAACGACGACGACGAUAUCUAUAUAUACAUAUAUAUGAAUGUAUGUAACUAUGCAUCUGUGAGUAUAUAUAUGACACAGUAGAAUCCUAGUGGUGUGUGUGUGUGUUUAUAAUAUGUAUGAUAUAUAUAUGCAUGUAUGUAUUGUAUCUCAGGAGGGUCUUUAUGCCAAUAAACACGAUUCUACAAAAACCCAA